AGACGAUCAGCUGCGGCACUCAACCGCGGCGUGCCAAAGCUAACGAGUAAACGCCGGAACAUCUCGAGCUUACAGCAUAAUAAACCUUGACCUUCUGUCCCCCCUUGAUUGAUGAUGGAGAGUCAAUAGCCGCGCCUUGCAAGGCUGAAACAGCUUCAACAUGUCGGCAGUACGGAUAUGCGUUUGCGGGGAUGAAGCUACCGGAAAGUCAAGUUUGAUCACUUCGCUGGUCAAGGAUGUCUUCGUGACAAACAAGAUUCAGUCCGUCCUCCCUCAAAUAACGAUACCACCCAGCAUUGGGACGCCGGAGAACGUCACAACUACCAUCGUCGAUACCUCUGCGUUACCCCAAGAGCGGAAUACUCUGCGAAAGGAAAUCCGAAAGUCGAAUGUUAUACUACUCGUCUACUCGGACCACUACAGUUAUGAACGAGUGGCCCUGUUUUGGAUGCCAUACUUCCGCUCUCUGGGGGUGAAUGUACCGGUGGUACUAUGUGCAAACAAAUCGGACUUGACAACAAAUGGGAAUACGGCACAAGUGGUGGAGGAUGAGAUGCUACCCGUUAUGGCAGAAUUCAAAGAGAUUGAUUCAUGCAUACGGACCAGCGCAAGGGAGCACCACAAUGUCAAUGAGGUCUUCUUUCUCUGCCAGAAAGCGGUGACACACCCAAUCGCGCCUCUGUUCGAUUCGAAGGAGGGGAACUUGAAGCCGGCGGCUGUGGCUGCCUUGAAGAGGAUAUUCUAUCUGUGUGAUAAGGACCAAGAUGGAUGUUUGAAUGAUCAGGAAAUGCACGAUUUUCAGGCAAAAUGCUUUGAGAAGCCAUUGUCCGCUGACGACUUGGAUAAUAUCAAACUUUCAAUAAGCAAGUCCCUGGCAGCCUCCGAUGUCGAAAACGGGAUAGACCAAAAGGGUUUUAUCCAUCUCAACAAGAUAUUUGCAGAGAAAGGCAGACACGAAACGAUAUGGAUCAUUCUGAGGAAGUUUCAUUAUACGGAUAGCUUAAGCUUGAAAGACAGCUUUCUACAUCCUAAAUUUGAGAUUCCAGAAAACAGCUCAGCAGAACUCAGUCCUGCAGGAUACCGCUUCUUCGUGGAUCUCUUCUUGUUGUUUGAUAAGGACAACGACGGCGGCCUGAAUGAUUCUGAGUUGGAUGCCCUCUUUGCACCUACUCCUGGUCAACCGCCGUUCUGGCUUGAGACCUCUUUUCCUUCUUCAACUGUUCGAAACGAAGCUGGUCAUAUCACACUUCAAGGCUGGCUUGCUCAAUGGUCUAUGACCACCUUCGUGUCACCCAGUACCACACUCUCGUAUCUUGCAUAUCUGGGAUUUGAAGCAACUGGAGGACCUCGAAAUUCCACAACUUCUGCACUGAAAAUAACCAAGCCACGAAAACGGCGCCGGCGGCCAGGACGUGUAGAGCGGAACGUAGUCCUGUGCUAUGUCCUUGGUGCUCCUUCCUCUGGCAAAUCAUCACUUUUAGAUGCUUUCCUCAAUAGGCCGUUUGAUUCCCUGUAUCGACCUUCAAUCAAGCCCCGCACAGCGGUCAACAGCGUCGAACUGCAAGGCGGCAAACAGUGCUACCUCAUUCUCGAAGAACUCGGGGAACUCGAGUCUGCCAUUCUCGAAAACCAAGCAAAAUUAGAUGCUUGCGACUUAAUAUGCUACACCUAUGACUCCUCAGACCCCGACUCUUUCUCCCACAUCGUAUCGCUCAGAGAACGCUUUCCCCAACUCGACGAGCUACCGGCCAUUUACACAGCACUGAAGGCAGACCAAGAUAAAACCACGCAAAGGUCAGAAAAACAGCCAGAUGAAUACACUAUGGCUUUGAAUAUGAAUUCUCCACUGCAUGUUAGCGUGACGUGGAAUAGCAUUAGUGAGCUGUUUGUUACCCUGGCAGAAGCAGCCACGAAUCCUAGUACCGCAUUUCCAAAGAGCGAAGAGGAGCCGCCGGAUAGGACGGGGAUGUAUGUUGCGUUAGGGGCUACGGCUUGUGCGUUGAUCGCGGCGGUAAUGAUUUGGAGACGAACUACGAACUCAAAUUGAGGGAUGACAUGGUCGACAGUGGGAAGAAGGAAAGGGACAUACAAGCUUUGGGAGGACGUAGAAUUUGUAAUUAAUGAUACCCAUCUCUUCUCUGUUCCAUAGCAAUGAUUUACCUAAUCCCAUGGGAACUGGAACAAGCACAAUAUGUUGCUUAUCUGAUUGUAUUUUUGGCCUAAUGAAAGGCAUUCCUGAGAUUUUGGUACCCCGACC